UUUGUUUGGGGACAAUUUUUCUCUUCUUCCAUCUUGAAAUUUUUGAAAUUUUUGAAAUCUUUGAAAUCUUUGAAAUCUCGAAGGACCAAUUUUUGAGUCACAAUUUAAACGCGAGAUUUAAUAAAGAAAAGAAGAUGAGUCUCCUGUCUUCCAGCAUCGGCAGCAUUCGCUGCUUGGCGGAUGAGGAAGCUGAUAACAACAUGCUUCAGGAUCUUCAGUUAGCAGCGGAACUUGGCAAAACUUUGUUAGAACGAAACAAAGAACUCGAAAAUAUUAUUAAAAUUCAUCAAUCAACGAUCGAGGAACAAGCACAAGAAAUAGAAUAUAUGAAGAAGCAAACUGCCGCAUUGAGGGAAGUCAAUGAUUCGCGUCUUAAGAUUUAUGAACAAUUAGAAGUCAGUAUACAAGAUUUGGAGCGUGCCAAUCAUCGUUUGGUCGUCGAGAAUACUGGCGAUAAAAAGCUUAUAAAAAAUCAAUGCUUAACUAUCGAAAAUCUCGAGACAAGGUGUGAGGAACUUCAAAAGAAAAUCGACGAUCUUACAUCACAGAGAGAAGUUUUGCUACGUCAGCAAACAAAUAAUUUAAAUCCUGAUGUCGUUCAAACACAAUCAGUUUCUUGGAAAGCAUCGGUAACGCCUGGUGGCAGCAUAAAACAGUGCGCUGCCCCAAGUUCACCAAAAGUUUUUCAAGAAACCAUCAACGAUACUAACUCGCAACAACCAUUAACGUUAAACUCAAAUGAGGAAGAAUUGACGGAUUUAUUAAUUCAAUUACAAGAAGCACGUAGUCAAAGAGUUAGAGAACAAAAGAAGGUUAAUGAACUUGGUCAACAAUUGACUACUUUGUUACAAGAAAAUAGUUCUUUGGAAGAACAAUUAACAUUUUGGCGUAGUAAAGCACAGGACGUGAAAAAUUUACAAGAUGAAAUUAAUACCCUCGAGGAAGUUAGACGGGGCCAAUUAUGUGGACGUUGUCUACGUGGAAUGGAUACAAGAAAUCAUGAUGAAUUAUCCGUAUUGGAUGGAGAAGAAUACGAUGACAUUAGUCUAGCAGGUUCGUUAAUUAACGAACAACAACCUGAUCCUGAACCAACUGUACAGGAGACAUGCGACAAGAAGACAGAGGUGAUGAACGAGGCGGUGGUGGUGGUAAACAACAGCAACAGCAACAACAACAACCCUUACAGAGAAUUGGUGGAAAAGUAUCAAGCAUUGUUAGAAGUCCAGAGAUUAUCAGCACCACGUAGGAAGAACAGUCUACCACCACCAAUGAUGGGAGGUGGUGUCAUGUCAUUGCAAGAAGAACUGGAGAUGUCUGGUGAAUACAAUUGUUUCCAAAAUCCAUCAGUUGUCGAUGACAACGACUUACAACAGCAAGAAGUUGUUGAAAUGAAAUCAUCAUUGAUCGGUAACAGCAACAACACCAUCAACAACGGUAUUAGCAAUGGUAGUAUUGUUGGUAGUAGUACUAGUAAUGGUGGUAACACUAACAGUAGUAAUGGUAAGCCUGGAAAGGGUGAUAACAAUAAUAAAAAAACAUUUUCCGCAACACCAACAGACUUUUCCGAAGCCGAAACUUCGUCGUCAGGUUUUGCAGAUGAAACUAGUAAUAAAGCAACUCAAACUGAUGGUAGACCAGGUUCAUUUCUAUGUUCAAUUGCUGACGGGGAGGAUUGCAAAUUUAGCAUUUACGAUGACAACAGUCCAUUUGAAAGUAGAUUUAGAAAGACACCUGAAUACAGGCAAAUAUUUAGCGAGAUAUUUGGUGUAUUGAAACGUGCAGCUGAAGCUAAGGAUGAAGGUGAAAAGUUACCCUUGUUGGAUGAUCAAACUAAUAACACCAGCAGCAGCAAUAACGGUAGUAACAACGUUGGUAACAAUGGUCAAAUUAUUUACAACGUUAAUAAAGAUAAUCUUAAUGAUAGUAUAAUAAGUAUUGGACAGGAUGAUCAACCUAGUGAAACAACGGACGAUAAUCAAAGUGUCAUGUCAUCUGUCAUUUCUUCCGUAGUAUCAGAACCACCUUACAAAAUGCAACAAACACCAUUGUCAUCGAAAGAAUCAACUUUGAAAAAAGAAACACCUAAAAAUGAUCAUUCGCAAACAGAUAUUGUUAAGGUUAACGAUAAAGUAUCAUUAGAAACAACUAGACACGCAACUAAACUCGAUUACAUCAGCGUUAACGUACAUGUUAAAAAGAGCAGAUCAUCGUCAGCUAAGAAAAAUGCUGCUAGAAAAUUAACACUUAACAAUCAUGAACGUCCUACAACACCAAACGUAGUGUCAACGACCAAUCCAACAUUCGUACAAACCAAAUCAAACAGCGGUGGUAGAAGAAGGUUCAGAGCAUUGAAACCAGCUGAACAGGAUGGUAGUACUACUAAUGUUUGGAAUAAUACAUCAACUUAUAAUCAUCAUUUGAAAACGCGAGAAUCACCAAAUCCAAUUAGGAAAUCUCAAAUUUUCGUUAAUCGUAAUAUUACUGAACAACAUAGUCAUCAUUCCUAUGAAUAUAGCGAAUAUAAACCUAGUACAGCAUCAGAAGAGGUUGCUAAAUUGAAACGUCUCGAAUUAUCUUACGCUGAAGUUCUUAGAAUGCCAAACAAGUCCAAAGGGAAUCAUCAUAGAAGUUAAAUAAAUUAUUAUUAUUAUUAUUAUUAUUAUUAUUAUUAUUAUUAUUAUUAUUAUUAUUAUAAUCUUUC